CUUCUGCGCCGCAUUCUGUGCUUCAAGGCCUACAUUUAUGAACGCAGGAGUUUUAUGUCAUGGCUUCUGACCGCGUCUACCGAGAUGUUUGUGGACUGCACCUCAGCUGCAUAUUCCAGGAACCAGUUGUAAAAGAAGCACUCACGUACAAUCCCAAACCUGGUGACGUUUUCAUCGUGUCAUUUCCAAAGUCCGAGAGUACAUGGAUGCAGCAAAUCGUCUAUGCGAUUUACCAUGAUGGCUCCAAACCCGAGAGUCUUCGAGACUUCAUGCAGAAGUCGCCCUUCCUAGAGCUUGUUGGACUUGAAACCGUCCAGAACAUGCCCCGACCUGGUGCAAUCAAGACUCAUCUGCCUUUCAAUCGCGUACCAUACUCUCCGCAAGCGAAGUAUAUAUUCGUGGCCCGAAACCCAUACGACUGCUGCGUUUCCUUCUACUACCAUACCAGGGCGUUCCCGGUGUACCGCUUUGCCGAUGGAUCAUUCGACAAGUUUUCAAGUAUGUUUCUACAAGGGAAAGUAGACUGCGGUGACUACUUUGACCAGCUACUCUCGUGGUACAAUCACACACACGACGAGAACGUCCUCUUCGUAACCUACGAGAAACUGAAAGCAGACCCUAGCGCUGGAGUUACCAAGAUCACCGACUUCCUGGGAGACAAGUACGGCAACAAACUGCGCAAGCAGCCGGAGGUAUUGGAAACGAUCUUGGACACGAUAAGCGUGAAAACCAUGAUGGCGUUCAACAGUGAAUUUAGGAGGUGGACGGAAGAGGCGGCCGAGAUGACUUCUCCUGGGGGCAAGUAUCAGCCACUCACCGAUGAGGCGGCUGAUGGUUUAAAGAAACCGAUGACCGGUGACUUUGUGCGGAAGGCCAUCGUUGGGGACUGGAAAAAUCACUUCAGUGCAGAUCAGAUAAAACGAAUGAAGGAAAGAAUAGCAUUGAAAGUUCAGGAAAGCAGCGUUAUGAGUCUGUGGGAGGACUUCGAACUUCCGUGAAACAGGAAAUGUCUCAUAUUCCCAGGCAAAAUUUUCAAUUUUUGCUGGUUCCAUCAGUUCCUAUGUUAAGGUAUUGCUUCAGAGAGCCACUGAAUUUAUCAGCCAAUAACAAAGCGUUAGGUCAAUAAGUGUUUUAGUGAGACAAUUGUAGCCUAAGGAAUGCACUGAAAUAUUAACUUUUCAUGUUACAUCAACAUAAAAUUCACUUUUUGCGCCUUCACAACUCAGUAUCUGAUAGUCGUAAAUAUUCAAAGAUAGAUUUAACAAUAUAAUGACGUAUACGAUGACUAAUUCAUUUUAUAAAAAUAAUUCUACUGAAGUCAACAUACAAUUUUUACAACAUCCCUCUCAUUCCUUGCUCAUUUGGUGGCUUUUCUUUUUUCUGUUGGGCGAAUAGCACAGACUGUCAUGUAUCAAUAUGA